GUCGACAUGUUUGCUCUGUUCGAGUUGAUAAAAUACCAAUCCGCUAGAUCUAGGCGCAUUCAAACUUUGAUGAAUGAGUGAUCAUUCCGGAUGUAGGCGCGCAGUAUUACUUCCAGACCGGAUACGCUCAUGGAGGGAGUUUGGGUGUGGACAACGUCAAAGCUCCAGCUUGAUGCUGCCGUCACUUGCUUGCUUGUAAACAACCAGUCCCGAGCUUCCUGCCGAGGCAUCUAACCGAAAGGGAAGCUGAUAGCUUUCUCCAAAUACCUUACCAACCCAGGUGGGUGCCUACCAACGUAUUUCAAGACAGAAAACUGCCCCGGCAUGCAAUCGGUCCCUCGACCCCGAGUUCUCGACUCAUCAAUCUUACGAACAGCAAUAAGCAUUUAGUCUACCAGCACUUUCGACUAGUCUUAUACCCAGCAGAUGUUGUUAUCUUUCACUGCGCCUCACCCAUUUUAUCAGGCCCUAUACAUUUACGUUUACGGCGCUUUGGCACAAUGGCCGACCCCGGUGACGGCGACGAACGCGCCCCUUACUCUGCAUACGCCGUUAGCAUCUACCAAAAUGGCAUCAUCUCUGGCAAGAUGCCCAUCGUGACAACGGACCCCAAUGGCUUGCAAGCCCAGGCCAAGAAGGCACUGGGCCCCGAGGCCUUUGGUUACGUCUUCGGAGGGGCCGGAGAGCUGUCCACGAUGGAUGCCAACCGCCUGGCCUUUCGCCAGUGGAAGAUCGUGCCUCGCUUCUUGAGACCGAGCAAUCCUCGGGAUCUGAGAACUGAGCUGUUUGGCGUGACUUAUGAAUCUCCUGUCCUGAUGGCCCCCAUCGGCGUCCAGGGCAUCUUCCACGCGGACAAGGAGACAGGCCUGGCGGCGGCCUGCGCAGAGCUCAGAGUUCCGUACACCCUCAGCACAGCAGCAACCUCGACAAUCGAGGAGGUCGCCGAGGCUUGCGGCGACCAGCACCGUUGGUUUCAGCUGUACUGGCCCAUGGACGACGAGAUCACGGGCUCCAUCCUGCGCCGCGCAAAGGCCAACAGCUACAAGGUCCUCGUCGUGACCCUUGACACUGUCACCCUGGCCUGGAGGCCCACCGACCUCGAUCAGGCGUAUCUGCCCAUGGUCACGGGCACGGGCAACUCGGUCGCCUUCAGCGACCCCGUCUUCCGCAAGAAGUUCGCAGAGCAGAACGACGGUGACGCCAUCGAGGACAAUCUUAUCAGCGCCUCCCGAUACUGGAUUAGCGAGGCGUUUCCGGGCGAUCACCACAGGUGGGAAGACCUGGCACUGCUGAAGAAGCACUGGGAUGGCCCCAUCGUCCUCAAGGGCGUGCUAAGCGUCGACGACGCCAGGCUUGCCGUUGAGCACGGCAUGUCGGGAAUCAUUGUCAGCAACCACGGCGGCCGCCAGCUUGACGGCGGCGUCGCAUCGCUGGAAAUGCUCCCCGAUAUCGUCGAGGCCGUGGGUGACAAGCUCACCGUCAUGUUCGAUUCCGGGAUCCGGACGGGGGCUGACAUCGUCAAGGCGCUCGCCCUGGGGGCGAAGGCUGUUUUUGUUGGACGCCCCGCCAUUUACGGACUGGGCAUCGCGGGCAAGGAGGGCGCAAAGGCUGUGAUUGCUGGGCUGCUCGCUGAUCUCGAUUUGACCAUGGGAUUAGCCGGCUUCAAGAGCAUAUCCGACCUGAAGCCGCCUAUCCUGCGGCAUGUUCGGUACGGCGGAGAUGUCAAGGCAAAUCUUUGACGACUGGAUCAUCAUUGCUACAUCUGGGGGGGGGGGGGGCUAACAUGUCGGCAACCCGUUGUCCCGGGCUGCUGUGUUGUCAAAACUUGCUCAAGAAUACAAAGCUUAUUCCCCAAACGUCAUAGAUCGCAGCCAAGUUUCCCCAGGCUCUGUCAAACACAAAAUGCUUGCCGGGAGUUGACAGCGUUGAGAGCUCAACUUUUUGACAUGGGGUUGGUUGACGGGGGCCACCUCUCCCUCCCCGCACACUAUAGAGCUCGGAAUGCUUAUCUUCCGACACGCUUGAGCCGGGAACGAGGAAAGCCAUCAAGCUAACGUUCGGAGCCAGUUGUCUGCCUCGAGCCGAGACAUACUAGAUUGGAGGACCUGUCUCCUUCGUGUCGAAAGCAUGCCAUUUCAUCUUGUUUUGGCCUUGAGCCGGUCGAGGAAUCAUUCUGCACCAGUUUUCGAUCAACCCAGGCUCCUGGGGUUCCAUCCCUUGGCAGGUAUUCUUUAGAGC